UACUCCUAGCACCAAUGUUAGACAAAUAGGAUCUUACUGACAGUAGCGAUAGCGGCAACCUUCCCUUGAAACCCCACGUGGUGACCCCGCUAAAAUUUUGAGAGCUUCAACAUCGGCUAAACUUCAAUACUGUACAAGCAGUACCCGCCUGGCUAAGACUACUUACUUGGACAACAACUCUUGAUAUACGUCUGUCCUCGCUCAGCCUAGAGACAUACAAUGGCCCCAGUAGCUCCCACCAAGCGCCGCUCAUUGCGGGCAAAGAUCGCUGCCAAAUCUGAGGGCAGUGAAUAUGCGCCGCGCAAGGCGCCUCGUCCGGACGCCAUCGAAACGUCAGACUCGUUUAUCAACUCGAAGAAGGACAAGCGGACAGUCAAACACUCAUCGUUCGUAUCCCGGAUCGAAAAGUCAAACAACAAGCCACUCAAGCGCCGCCGCCCAGGCAAAAAGCUUGUCACCGACCUCGACUCCCUCAAGAAGGCGCUACCAGACCUGCUAGCCGACGGCGAGACGGAGGAGAGUCUGCGGCAACUAAAGGAGGGCAAGGUGCGGCUCAAGAGUCUGAAGAGUCGGAAAGGUGCGCUCAAGAAGAAGGAGAAGGUUGUCAAGGGCGAGGUGCAGCGAUUCCAGGGCAGCCUGGCAAGACUGAACGCCGUGGGCGCUGCAGACAACAUGAACGUCGAGCCAAGCGAGGACUGCGCUGGGCAGGUAGAAAAAGGCCAGCCGGCGCAAAAUGCCACGGCAAGUCGAUGGGCUGCACUGCGGGGGUUCAUCUCAGCGACCAUGGAGCAAAACCCGGCUUUCUUGGGGCAGAAGGACGACACUAAGUGAUGCUCUACGAAUCCAUCGGAAGAGCGGCAAUAUUUGUACCGAUACACCUGUUAGCAACCAACAUCUAGUGCCCGCCGUGGAGGAUGUGGCAGACAU